UAUUCAGACAAAACAUUUCAAAUUAAAACACACUCUCUUUUCUCUCUCCCCGACUCUCUCUCGUUUCUAAGACUCUCUCUCUCAAUCGAACUGCCCCUCUCUCUAAAUCGAAGCUGUGCAAACCCUAGUCGAAGUGUUGAAGCCAUAAUCAAAGCUGUUUGAGCUCUCAUAGACCUAAUCGAAGCUUCUCAAGCCCUAAUCGAAGUUGUUGAAGGCCAAAUCGAAGUGUUGAAACCCUAAUCGAAACUGCUGAAGCUCUGAAACACCUUCAUUAUAUAUUUCUCCAUUUACGAUUAGCGUUACUACAUUUUCCUUUUCUAGGGUUUCAUAACCCAACACAAAGUCUGGCUCCAAGAGUGAUUCCGAUGAUUUUGGUCUCCGAUAAGACAUGGAAGCUCUUCUUAGAGCUUGUAUGUCACUGGUGUGGCUCUAAUUUCUGAUUACGAUUCAGAUUCGGGCGGAGAAGACAGAGACUUGUAUAGGAAAUGAGUGCAGAAAUAGUGAACCCAAAGGCAUACCCAUUAGCUGAUUCACAGAUAACCGUCACAAUUUUUGAUCUUGUUCAGGAAGCUGCUAAUUACAAGCAACUUAAGAAGGGUGCUAAUGAAAGUCAGCUCUUAAACCCCAUUGUAUUUAUAUGUUUAAAGUCCAAUACUUUCAUGGUUCUUUGUAAAUUAAAAUGUUGUGUACUAUUAUGUGUAUGUGUGUGUUUUUAUAUGAUGAUUAAUGGGUUGGGUUUGAUUUCUGCAACAAAGACACUGAACAGAGGAAUUUCAGAGUUUCUGGUCAUGCCUGCUGAUACUGAGCCUCUCGAGAUUCAUCUCCAUCUCCCCCUUCUUGCUAAAGACAAGGUUGGUCGCUACUUUUAAUUGAUUAACUAGAAGGGGGAGCUUUAUAAUUAUUCAGGUUGUGGGAAUACCAUAAAUUGCAACCAUCCUAUUGUGCGACAAUUAUAUUAUAUCGUCUCUGCAAAAAUCAUAGACUGCCAGAAAGUAUCUCAAGAAGCAUGCAGCCAUGCAGCUCAAAACGAACGAUUGCCAGUACAGACAACAAUCUGUGUAAAAGGUAAGAGCUCACAACUGAGGUAAGAGCUUUUUACAAUAAAUACAAUAUUUUUCACUUGAAAUUGAUAUACAUAUGUCUUUUACCUGUCUCUGAGGAUUAAAUAUCCAUUACCUUUUCCAUCUGUCAGGCUUCAGAAGAUGCUGCUGAUUAUUUCAACAAUGAUAUAUAACCCAGAAAUUAACGAAAAUAUGCUUUUACAGGUGGAAUAUAAUGCUGAAUGUGCAUGGUAAUUUGUUUAAUCUUUAAUCAAUACAUAUAUAAUUCACUUGAAUGUGCAUGCUUUUUGUUAGAUAUACAGUCUCAUUUUAUAUAUAGAACAAAUCGGAUUUUUAGAGGGCAUGCAUACUUUUGGUUCCUAAAUUUGAAUGUGAAGAGUUUAGUUUAAUUAAAUAUUUGGCUAUUACUUGAAGUAAACAUCUUAUAACACACAAGUAAGUUGAGAUACAUUAGGUCAGACAACGAAUGAUGUUUUUUUUUGUUAUUAAAGAGCAUGUGAGGAGUUUUGAGUUAUGAUUAGUAGAUUAGAUUACAACUAGACUUUCAUGCCUGUUACAUUUUUCAAGUCAUUUAGCAUAAAGAAGGUGUUGUGCGCUCCUGGCAUCUUAAUGUGAGUCCGUAUAUAUUAUAAUUUUUGUGUCUGAGAUUUCCUACAAAAGACUUAUUUUUUGCUUGUACUUGCUGUCAUUUCUUUAGAUAGCUGGUAUAUAAAUUUGAGAUAGAAUGCAAAUUCUGUAGAAGUUUGUACAAUUGUCUUCUUAGUCAAUGUUAACAUGAUUGUGAAAUAAUCAUUCAGCAGAAGAUUCGUAAUGUGUCAUAGUAAAUUAUUCAAUCUUUCGGUUAAUUGUAUUUUAAUAUUCUCUUGUCUA